UGCAGUGCGUGCCAGUGCGGAGGCCGGUCCUCUCUCACUUUCUCUCUCUCUCUCUCUCGCGCGCGAAACAACUUGACUUGACUUGCUUGCGAGCAGCGUGCUGGGACUGGAGCCAGUGCGCGAGCUUAGGUCAGUGGUGGGCGAGGCGUUGUCGUCACGCUGGAUAGCUGGUGGCUCGGGCGUGGCGUGCCGUGGUGGCUCGUCACGGCGACGUCGUCAUCGUCGAGGUCGAGGACUUCGCGACGAGGUGGUGGCAGCGGCCGCGCGAUGACCCCGAGCAUUGGCGAGACCAUACGUGUCUGGCUGCUUUCGGCACUUGUGGUGCACGGCGCCGUCGCCGGCAACCCCGACGCCAAGCGCCUCUACGACGAUCUGCUGUCCAAUUACAAUAAACUCGUCAGGCCCGUCGUCAACACGUCCGACGUGCUCAGGGUCUGCAUCAAGCUCAAACUGUCGCAGCUCAUCGAUGUCAACCUGAAGAACCAGAUUAUGACGACCAAUCUCUGGGUGGAACAGUCGUGGUACGACUACAAGCUGCGUUGGGAACCAAAGGAGUACGGCGGCGUACACAUGCUGCACGUGCCAUCGGACCACAUCUGGCGGCCCGACAUUGUCCUCUACAAUAACGCGGACGGAAACUUCGAGGUGACUCUAGCCACGAAGGCCACCAUCUACCAUCAGGGCUUGGUCGAGUGGAAGCCACCAGCGAUAUACAAGUCCUCCUGCGAAAUCGACGUCGAGUACUUCCCGUUCGACGAGCAGACCUGUGUACUCAAGUUCGGUUCAUGGACCUACGACGGCUUCAAGGUGGACCUCAGGCAUAUGGAUGAGAAGACUGGAAGUAACGUCGUCGACGUUGGCGUUGAUCUAUCCGAGUUCUACAUGUCUGUCGAGUGGGACAUUCUCGAGGUUCCGGCGGUUAGGAACGAAAAGUUUUACACGUGCUGCGACGAGCCUUACCUGGACAUCACGUUCAACAUAACAAUGCGUCGGAAAACGCUUUUCUACACGGUCAACAUCAUUAUUCCCUGCAUGGGCAUAUCCUUUCUCACGGUGCUUACCUUCUACCUUCCCAGCGAUAGCGGAGAGAAGGUGACGCUCUCCAUCUCGAUCCUCAUCAGUCUGCACGUGUUCUUCCUGCUGGUCGUCGAGAUUAUACCGCCCACGUCGCUGGUCGUGCCGCUGCUCGGCAAGUACCUCAUUUUCGCCAUGAUCCUCGUCUCCAUCAGUAUAUGCGUGACAGUGGUCGUACUGAACGUGCAUUUCCGUUCGCCUCAAACGCACAAAAUGGCACCUUGGGUCAAAAGGGUCUUCAUACACAUUCUGCCGAGGCUCCUCGUCAUGCGUCGACCCCAAUACAAGUUCGAACCCACGAGGUUCACGUCUACGCGGGCCCUCAUGAGAGGAAUGCGCGGUAGCAAGGACAGAUCUUACUACCCCUACACGGCGUCCUGUCACGACAUCAGCGAAGAACAUCUCACGCCAUCCAAGCGAUUCCACAGUCGUGCGUCGUCCAAAGACGAUCUCUCGUCCUCGAGUCUGACGGAAGCGGCAGCGUUCGGUGGCAGCUGCUUGAUUCACGGGCCGAGUCUGCCGCGGCUGCCCCUCGACUGCGAGGAGCUGCAGGUCGGCGGAGACGGCUCCAAGAGUCCCGUGCUCAGGCCGACCGCCACGUUCUCGCACUCCAAGUGCCCGCCCGAGAUACACAGGUCUUGCCUGUGCGUGAGGUUCAUCGCCGAACACACCAAGAUGCUCGAGGACUCGACCAAGGUGAAAGAGGACUGGAAGUACGUGGCGAUGGUAUUGGAUCGUCUGUUCCUGUGGAUAUUCACGCUGGCCGUGCUCGUCGGCACAGCUGGCAUAAUCCUGCAGGCGCCCACCCUCUACGACGACCGAGUUCCUAUCGAUAAGAAGUUCAGCGAGUUCGCGACGACGACCGUCGUCAAGUGCCCGCCCCAGUAGUCUUAAACCAAAAAGAGAAGCAGCGCAGCCACGUCUCGUCUGUCCCACCGGUUACAUGCACACAGCCAAUCCCGCUUUACUUUACACGCUCUUCGGACCUUCUCUGAUCGCAACUUUGUUGACGCGUCCAUUUGGCUUCUAUUGCACUUUGAACGCGCUGUCGUCGACUUUGAUGAUAGAAAAACUAUCGCCUCGUUGGAGAAGGCUCGAAUUUUCCGGUGUAUUGCGGAUUUUGUAAGAUAUAUAGAUUUUCAAAAGCAAUCACGCGGCUUACACCCGCGAUCACCAACGGGUUUACGCAUAGACGUUGACAAACUACUGCGUGAUAGUAUAACUGUACAGUCGAGUCACGAGAGAAACAAUUUUAAGAACUAUGCGAUGCCACUGAUGCGCUGACGGAGACGUGGCAAUCAGAAGUCGUUAAGCUUGUAGAUGUUAUUCCCCACACAUGUGUUCAGCAAAAAAUUCCUUUGUCUACUGCAAGGACAGAGAAAACGAUUAAUUACAGAUCGAAUGUUGCUUGUAUAUAUGAACCAAACUGCUUCUGAAAUUGCCGAGACCACUAAAAGAACUUGCAAUGAGUAAACCACUGAUAACAACAGCUGGUGUGCGCUUCUUUUUCUACUUCGUUGCGAAAUACAUUUCCUACUACAUGGGUAGCAUCGGUCUAAGCAUUGAAAAUUAAUUCCGUAACGUUUUGAAAGCAAAAAAAGAGAGAGCACGCGCAGUCGACGGCAAUAAUAGAGUAAACGAAACCACACCAACAAUCGUUUUCCCUACUUUGCGAAGAAGGCAAUGAAUACCCGUUUAUAAUUACUUUCCACGCAAUUUCGUGCCAACAAUGAACAAUUAUUAUCAACUGUCGUGUCGUUCAACAACAACAACAGCAACAACAAUAAACAAAAAAAUAAGAAAAUCCAAGUGAGAUGACACACAAUGCGCCUCGAAUGUAAGAAAAAGGGAAAAAAAUAUAAAACACAAAAGCUGCCAUUUAUAUGAGUAAUUUUUGCGCCUCCGGAUAAAUAGGUCGCGCGCAAAGUGUAUAAGUCUAAAGUGUACGAUAUAAGUGAAUAACGUUCUUAUUAUAUAUUAUAUACAUAAAUUAUCGCGCGCCAACAACAUUUAGAGCUACAAUGACAUGUUACAUCGUUACUUUCGAUCGUUCAUUUUUUUUAUAUUUAUUAUUUUGCAAUAUUGUUUGAUACUUUGAGACAAAUAAAAAUACGUAAUAAAAAUACAACAUAAAAAAAAACGUUCAAAAAAAUUAUUGUGUAAAGGGUAGUAAGACUAAAGGGAUGAAAAACAGUUUCAGAGCAUCAAAAAAUAUUUGAGUCGCUUUAUACAUACGACACUAAAAGAACAUUGAAUAAUACCAAAUGUUCAAGCUUAAAAGUUUAAUAUCUAUCGCGUCAAAUAAUUUAGAAAGAAGUGCAUUAUAGCGUGCUUGUACGAUCGACACUUAUUUUCCGAAUGGAAAAAGGAUGAAAGACGAAAACGAUGAAAAGUUUCGCUGAGGCAGUAAAACUUUUUUUCUCCGCGUUCGCCCAUAUAUAUGCAGGCGCAAAGCCGCAUUUUAUUGCGUCGCGUCUGAUUAACAGUCGCGCAACUUGACAACAAUGACGAUCGAUCCACGUAGCGUUCGGCUAUUAAACGCCCGAAGUCAAGUUUCCGGACUAAUGAGCUGGGCGACGGGAAAGUGGAAAAAAAACGUUGCUGCGUUACAGUUCGGUACGCAUGCAACUGAGAAGGGAUUUCAUUUUAGCUAAAGCAAUAGUGGAUGUGCGUAAAGGAUGUUUUUUGUGCUGGGACAGUUGUGCUGAAAAGUGAAAUUUGUUAAACUCGCUUAGGCAGAAAAAGAGGAAAGCUUGUGUUUUAUCUUUUUGUUUUCAAUCGCGUAUGACCUAUUUUUCCAACUGCUAGGUCUUUUUGAAUCGUGGAUUUGAAUUUUUAAUGAGAAAGCGUUUGCCGCGUACGAGAGUUGAAACUUACCUGUUGAAAAAUAACUAUUUUUUUGCGCCCUUGAAGUUAGCCAUCAAAAGUGUCGUAUGGAAAAUAAUAUUAAGUAGCUCGCUCUCAGUGCAAUAGUAUCUUUAAACACGUACAUUAGAUAUUUUUGCUAUGAUAGGAAUUUCUGGUUGCAUGCGUCGAUUGAGUAUAUUAUGUAAAUAUGAAUUCAGCGCUGUUUUGUCUGUACUAUUAAAUCCAAAUCCUUUUUCCAACAUUCACUCGAGUGUAUUUAAAUCGCAAAACGAACACCACAGAUACUCGGAUGAUUUUUGGAAAAAGUAAGGAGAAAAGUGAUCGAAUGGUCACAAAAGAAAUAAAUCCUGAUAUAGUUUCAAAAAUAGGCGCGAUAGUCACUCAACAAAAUAGAAAGGUAUAUAUAAAUAUACAUAGUAUAUAGUAAUCGGUGCACUCGUCGCGCCGCUUAUAUUUUCCGAAGAAUAAAUAAAUCCAAAAAAAAAGUUUGCCACACUUAUAGGGAUAAGGUAUACACACAAGGACGAGUAAAGCAUACGAAUUCUAAAGCCGAUAGCUGUAGACGCGAAUCCGCGCGCGGUUCGGCCGAGAAGCACAAGACAUUUUUCCCGACGAGUUGCAACUGAGAGAAAAGUUUAUCCGCCCGGACGCGUGGUAGUGAAAAAAACCAACUAUAACGAUAAUAAAUUAUAUAGCUAAUGAGAAACUGAGAAAAAAAAUAGAUAUAAAUAUAACUCGUAAUACGUUCAACGAUCGACGGCUCACACUUGACGCCACGGAUAAUUAUUCGAAUAAUCGUGGCCGCGCAGUCGGUAUAAUAUAUAAAUAUACUCGUGUAGAUAUACACACAUACGGAGAUGCAUGUAAAUAGCGCAGCGGGGUGUACACACUGCCAUCAAGGAGAAAGAAGAUAAAGAAGACGAAGAUGAUAAAACAAAAGAAGUGCUUCCACCCUUUACGAGUCGCGCUUUUGAGUGAAGGCUCCUUAUCGGUUAUAGACGACACAAGUGCCAAGCAUUAAUCGAGAAACAUGACCUACGUAUACGAUCAUUCCAAUGAGCACACCAGCUUCCCUUUAGAGUAGUCGCUCCUGUAUUGCUUGUCUUCUUCGCUCGCCGACGAUCGCUCGCAGCGUGUACAUUUUUAACGAGCAGCCAGCGCAACUUGUACUCAUGCGAUCGCAGCGCUCUCGAGACAUUCUCCCAGGGCGACGACGUAAAAAAGGCAAACUCGCGCAAUAAAUUUGCCGCCAAGAGAGAAGCAGCACGCGCUGCCGAGAUCAACAGUCGUAAUGGACACGCCGGAAGAAAAACGCACGUUAUUUUUCACUUCGAAGAAGUUUGCGCGCGCGAGCCGCCGACAAAUAUUAAGGGCGAAAUACGGACAAGGCGCUUGUUUUUCUUCCUUGGUCGCCGAGAUGCGCGCGUCGCUGCAAUUACCGCAGCCCCAAAAAAUUGCCGAAUUAUUUUCGUGGUUCGCUCUAGUUUUCACAGGGAGGGAAGUGGGGAAAGAG